AUGUCUACACCUCUCCCCACUGGGAAUGAAACUACAGCACAGGCUUCCCAAAGCACUUUGCAAUGGGUCAAAAUUACUGGCGAUCCAGGUGAUGCCGACCACUUAGACCCGUCAGAUUUUCCCGAGGGUGGCGUAAAAGCUUGGAGCACAGCGCUAGGAGCUUUUUUGAUACAAUUCUGUGGUGCUGGAUUUACCACCUCCUACGGCGUCUUCCAAGACUUUUAUGCUCGAACUUAUCUGACAGAUUAUACACCAUCUGCAAUCGCCUGGAUAGGAGCUGUUAAUGCAUUGUUGAUAUUCUCAGUCGGUCUCGUGUCAGGAAGGUUGCUUGACCGGGGCAUAUUUCGGCUGUCUUCUCCAGUGUCUCUCCCUCUUUAUGCUGUCACUAGCGAAGCCGAAUGGAUCUUCCUUUCUCAAGGUAUCGGUUCCGGGGUUGCAAUAGGCCUUACAAAUGUUCCCUCGGUCGCCGUGGUAUCUCAUCACUUCCAGCGACGUAGAACUCUCGUGAUGGCACUCGUCAUUACAGGGCCGUCGAUAGGUGCAAUCUUGCAACCGAUUAUGCUCAACAACCUCAUCAAUGGAGGACUUGGCUUUGCAAAUGGUGUCCGUGUUAGUGCAGGCAUGAUUAGCGGUCUGCUUCUCAUAGCAUAUUUCCUGAUGCACACACGGCUUCCACCGCAACCCAAGGCCAUUAGCUACACUCGUGUUUUACAAAACUCGUGGAGAGAUCGUCCUUAUGUUUGUGCGUGUUUAGGGAUGGCUGCUUUCGAUGUCGGGUUGUUUUUUAUGUUAUUUUAUCUCCAACUAGACUCUCGUUUGCACGGUCUAAGCGAAGUAUUUACGUUUUAUUCGCUCACAAUCUUCCAUACUGGUUCUUUGAUGGGAAGACUUACCGCUGGCGUUGUCUCCGCCUACGUGGGCAUCCCGAAUACGGUCGUCGGCUGCUCGGUCAUAUCAUCCGCUAUAGUAUUUUCAAUGAUUGGCUUGCGAUCGGUGACCAGCGCGGCACUGAUAGGUAUGAGCUAUGGAUAUUUUUCUGGAGGCUUCAUAGCAUUAAUUGCCCCGUUGAUAUCAUAUCUGACCCCCGAAGACUUAGAUAUUGGUGUUCGAAUUGGAAUAUCGUUCGCGAUGACUGGCAUUGGAUCACUUUUUGGUGCUCCGAUUUGCGGAGCUGUCUUGACCUCGCAUUACAUCUGGUGGAGGCCUGCUGUCUUAGCUGGGAGCAUCACGACUUGCGGAACCAUUUUUUUCGUAUCUAUGCAGCUCAUAUUGAAGUUUCGUCAAAAGACUGCAGGCGGGGGGAUUGUUUGAUCCAUGUAUGCCCUCCUCCCAUAUCGACAUUCGUAUAUGAUACAUACGCAUACUUCGAUCAUUUAGUUAACAGCGGCAUUUAUGAGAUGGAUAACUAGACUGUUGUGUUCAGUCACCAUGGCGGCUUCUGUCUUUUCUCUGGAUCCAAAGUUCUCAGUACUCCCGUUCCUUCAGGUACCAUGGUCACGAAACCGCAUAUCUUUGAAGUAUACUAUGAGUACAUCUUGGGUCUCUAUAUGUAGAACAACCAAAAAGCGUUGAUCGAAAUCAAAAAAGUAAGAUAG